AUGCCCAACGGUCCUCGCGUGAACCGUAGGACGAUCAACGUGGAGGCCGGGGAGCUUCCGCCACCUGCCACCAAGCUCAUCAUCACUCAAAUACUCAAAACCAGUCAGGACCCCCCGUUCUGGGCGUGGAUCAUUGUCGGCGCCUUCUACGACAGUCAGGAUCGCAUCAUUUGGAGCACAGAGUUGUUUGCUGCCCACCUUGACAUCCAGUUUGAGUCGGACGAAGAGCAAGAUUCGGAAGAGGAAGCAGAAGGAGAGACAGACUUUGGGUCUGAUUCACCAACUGCCUUGAUUGACGCCAGCGUGGAAGGACAAUCUCCUCCAGUUCACUACUCUGAAUCGCCUCAGCAUCAGUCUCGGCCCUUUGAGAAUUACAGCCGUACACUCAGCGCAGAACAAAGCUAUAAUAACCGUACUCCGGCCUUUUCUCCAUACAAUUACAGCUUCCACCCUCAUUCUCACAUCCACCCUCACGCUUAUCCCCACCCUCCUCCUCAUUAUUACAAUCAUCUUGCCAUAAACCAUCUUCAAGCACCAGCUUAUAUCAACCCGGCCUCUGUCUGGGAUCCCACCAUCUCUGGUGCGGUCCCCGGCCACUGGCAAGCCUCGUUCGAUCCCACCGUCCAACGCUGGGUCCAUACCUGGCAGCCUCAGUCCCCCGCGCCCUUUUUCUGA